ACAAUGUACGUUCCAUGAAGGGAAGUAGUUCAUUCAGCACAGCUGAUUGGGAGGUCACAUCUCUGAAAUCCUUUGAAGCUUUUCAGGGAAAUAACUAUAAGAAUUAAUGAAAUUAGGGCAGUGGAGAAUGUUUAAUUUCAUCAAGAAGAUUACAAGGUUCUACAUGGCAGUCCGAUUUUGGAAGGUUCGGUCGCAUGGGAUUCAGGGGGGGCUACUGAGGUGUAUUCAGACCUGGUUCGAUGUGAGGAAGCAGGAAGUCAAUUCUCUGACUGAGGGGAUAUCACUCGAGUGGGCAUUGGUGUGAUCCGCUUUUCUCAAGAUGUAUAGACCUGGAUGGAAAGACAGAUUGCAGAUUGCAUCUGCUCUUGGUGUUAUUUUCAUCACACUGACUUCUCCGGUUACCCAAGGAGCUAAAAUAUUGGUUAUACCUGUGGAUGGAAGUCAUUGGAUUAAUAUGAAAAUUCUAGUAGAAGAGCUGAAACUUCGUGGACACAAUGUUACUGUGCUUUACCAUUCUUCAUCUUCGCAUAUGAAGGAAAAUCUUGAUCUCUAUCAAUCCAUCGUUAUUCAAAUUCAAGAAAAAGAUGACAAAUCUCUGAAAAUUAUGUUUGAAAGAAUUGUGGAACUGUCAGUGAAGAGUGGUGGAACCCUUUGGGACCAUAUGAAGUUCCAAAAUUUCAUGAAGGAUAUUUUAUAUGAAAUUCACAAAUGGAAUCAAGCUUUUGGUAUUGCAAUUUUUCAAAAUAAAACCCUGUUAAAACAAUUUGAAAGAGCAAAUUUUGACUUAGUACUUACGGAUCCUGCUUUUGGUACAGGACCAAUGCUUGCGCAUUAUUUGAAAGUCCCGCAGGUGUAUAAUGUUCGAGGGCAGCUAAAUGGGGAAGCCCAUUUACUCUAUGCCCCAUCACCGCCUUCCUAUGUCCCAAAUCUUGGCACACGUUUGACAGAUAAUAUGAAUUUUUUCCAAAGAACAAGAAAUGUCAUAUAUAAUUUUUUUCAGCUUCUAUUUGUUGAAUUUGUUGUAUACCCAAUUUAUAAUGAAAUCUGUCAUCAAUAUCUCGGACCAGAUACAGACAUUCAAACAAUUCUCUUGAGGGCUGAUGUGUUGCUGAUCAGAAUCGAUUUUGUAUUUGAAUUCCCAAGACCCACCAUGCCAAAUAUUGUCUACAUUGGAGGCUUCCAGUGUAAACCAGCCCGACCACUAGCAGCAGAAUUUGAAGAGUUUGUUCAAAACUCAGGAAAGCAUGGAAUUAUUGUGAUGUCAUUAGGAACCUUUAUCGAUUCCUUGCCAAAGCAGAUUACAAUGGAAAUAGCUGAAGCAUUUGCUCAAGUACCCCAGAAGGUUAUUUGGAGAUAUGAUGGGGAAAUCCCUCCCAAUAUAGGUAAUAAUACACUACUGACAAAAUGGAUCCCUCAGAACGACCUUCUGGGACACCCCAACACGCGAGUCUUCAUUUGUCAUGGUGGUAUCAAUGGCAUUUUCGAGGCAAUCUACCACGGGGUGCCAGUGAUUGGCAUGCCUGUUAUUUUUGACCAGUUUGACAAUGUAGUCCGACUGGAAUCCCGAGGCGCAGCAAAGGUGCUUAAUGUUGGAACCAUGCAUUCGACGGAUCUAUUGCAGGCACUUAAUGAGGUGGUAAACGGCACAUUUUACCGGGAUAACAUGAAGAAACUGUCGGCUCUCCACCGGGACCAACCAGAGUCGCCAAUGGAGAGAGCUGUUUUCUGGAUUGAGUAUGUUGCCCGACACAAAGGAGCAGGGCAUUUACGCUCUGAAUCCUACCGGCUGCCCUGGUACACUUACUAUUGUGUGGAUGUGAUGGUUUUUCUGUUGUCCAUGUUCUUCAUGCUCACACUGCUGGUGGUUGUAGCACUGAAGAAACUUUGUCGUAUGGCAUGUAGAAGAAAGCAAAAGACUGAGUGAGGUUACCCUGUUUUGUAUUGUGAUAUGGUGUUUUAUGUUCUUUAUAUUUACAGUAAUUGAUUUUUUUCCCCAGGAGUUAAUCCAUGGAAUCUUCUUUCCAGAAUUCAUUGAAUUUAGCAAAGGCUAUUAUGAGAAUAAGUCAGCUGUGAUAGAUAUAUUAAAUAAUAGACUUUCUGCUUUGAUAUGCAGAAAAGAAUUUUAAACUACCUGAUUGACAUUUGACUGGGAAAAAAGGGAAUGUAAGAGAGUAAUGUGACCAGAGCUAUAAGGGAAAACAAUGUACCGGAAUCUAUAGAAAUUGAUGUUGAUGCCGCCAGGAUGGAGACUCCCACAAUGGAAUGUGUGGUAUUGUUUCUCCAUUUUGUGUUUAACCUCAGUGUGGCAGCCGUGGGCAAACAUGUGAGUGUGGGAAUGGGAACAUGGGAAUUCUACCUACCGGCCAGUGGGAAAUCAAAACUGUUGUAGUGAAUGGCAAGAAAAUGCUAAGAAAGAAGGUCUCAAUCUCCAUUGAGUCUCACUGCUGUAGUACAAGCUGCAGCAGAUGAAAUAAGGAAAUCAAAUGUAUUCCUAUGUUUUCCAUUCCCCUUUUGACCACUUUACUCCUUCUCUUCCCCUCCCUGCCCUCAUGAACUGUCCAUGACUUAAACCACCCCCAACUCCCACCUACCCCCCCAGUUCCCCACCCCCUUUCCUUUUUGCUCUGUGACCUGUUGUCCGCUCCCAUCAGGUGCCAUCUUCCUCAGGCCUUUGCCUCCUCCACCAAUCACCUCCGAGCUACUGACGUCACACCCUUUCUCUCACAUCUCCCACAUUCCUGCAAAUGUUCCCAACACCUUUAGUGUGUGUUGCUCAAGAUCUCCCCCAUUUGCAGAAACUCUUGUGGCCACCCGAAGAUGAUAACUUUAAGUAAUAGGGUUACAUUUCCACAUGAGUAAAAGCACAUUCACCCAGUUAUAUUUUCUGAACAAUAACCGUGGGCAUUAUUAUGCAAGUAUCAGAUUGCAGCUCGGAUAAAAGGGUGUUGAUUGGAGAUGGACAGGUACGGUAGAAUGCAGUUUCUGAGUCGGUUUUGCUGCAUUUCCAUUGGCUGGUUAAUCUUGCAUUGUGCAAUCCCUUUGUUCAUUAUAUAUGUUUGUAUGUUUCUUAGAUACAUAAACAUCAGACUCCAUUGUAUACUGUUGUGACCUCUAUGUAAUCCCAGCAAUGAGGUACAAUAAUGUAUUUUUAUUAGUAAAAGAUAUAUAACUAAUUCAGCUGAUCUGUGAAUAAAGAAAUAUUCUUUUGAAAUGUAGUUGAUUUUAAGGAUCUUUCAUUUCUGUCAAAUUAGCUUUAUCGCUCAUCAAUCCAAACAGCAGUUCGGUCUAAAAAUUAUGCAAGAAAGGUCAAAGUUCACUGUCAAAUCUAUCUUUAUGCUGAUUGCAGUACAGAGUAAGUAGUUUACAAUGUGCAGGAGAAAUGUAUUUACACGUAUCAUCUGCAGGGAAAUGGGCAGCAAUAUCAAGUGAUCUGAAGAGGAAUGAGCCACGCAAUUCCCUAACCCUGUUGAGUCACUCAGAUUCCAUCAAUAUAUUGUAUGCAUUAACCUUAACACGUUUGCUCAACGCCAAUCUAUCGAGGUUCACCAACCAAUUAUCCCUCUAGUCCAGGGUUCUCAACCUUUCUUAUGCUGUGGUACAAUACCUUUAAACAGGGGUUCUGCGGACCCCAGUUUGGAACCCACUCUAGACUAAGUAGCUGAAGUAACUGGGAAGGGGAGAGAUGUCGUAAAUAGUUAGGAAGUUGAUUGGUGAAAUCGCAGUUAACGCUAAUCGGGCUUCCGUUUAAAUCAUUACAAGAAACUCGGAAUCUAGGAGCUGAUCAUAAUAAACCUAAGUUUAGACAGAAAGCACCAGGAGACUGCAUUACAAAGAGCAAGUCACUCGAGAAAAACAGAAGGAAAUCUAAAAGAUUAAUGUCUUUCGUUAAACAACAUUUAAGCAAUUCAGGCACUCUAAAAACCAGAGACCCCUAACUUAAUGAUAAUGGUCCAUGGCAUAAAAAAGGUUGGGAGCCACUGGGUUAA